AUGGUUGUGCCAUCCCAUUUCCGCCGUGGUCUGUACCUCGUGCCACUCCGCAUCGGUGGAUCUCUCGACCGCAUCUCCUCGAGGCACCUCAUGUUUGACACAGGCAGUGAUCUAUCCUGGACGCAGUGCUAUCCUUGUCGCAACUGUGGACAGGGCCAUUUUGCACCUUAUAUUCCAUUCAAGUCUAGCACAUUUCGCAGUGUCUCUUGUGAUGAUCCACUCUGCGAGCAUGCUCCUGAUGCCUCUUGCGAUGAAUCAGGCACCAGACAGUGCAAAUUUUUUAGGGAAUAUGUGGGUGGGAGUAUGGCCUCGGGCUACCUAGCAUCUGAUAUUUUCCACUUCAGCUUGGACGGCAACACUAACUACCACUUUGAGCCGGAAGUUGUCUUCGGCUGUGCCACGGCUGAAAAGUCCGGAAUUUUAGCUCUUGGUACCAGCAGCCUGUCAUUUCUAGCGCAAGUGCGCGUGGACAAAUUCUACCUUAGAUUUGGUUCUCAAGCCCGGAUCUCAGGGAAGAGGAUUCCAUUCUGGAAUGACAAGGAUAAGUACUAUGUCCACCUCAAGAGGGUGACAUAUCAGCAUGGAAAUCGCUUAAGUCAGCAGCAACCUGUGCCCAUAUAUCCUGGAGAUGGAGGACCUGAAGGGAGCACUUUUGAAAUGCUGGUGGAGUCGGGAACCCUGGGGAUUUGGCUUCCUGAAUCUACAUUUUACCCUCUGCAGAAGAAAAUCGACACUGAUAUUUCUCUCAUCAGGGUGCACUUCGAUGUCAAUCCUAAUAACGGCUGUUGCUACAUUGGGACUAUGAAGGAUGUUGAGGAAGUGUCUGUGACACUGGGAUUUGUCGGAGGGGCGGAGAUGGAGCUGUUCGGCGACUCACUUUUCUUUGAAUACAACGACUCGGAAUGGAUUUGCCUGGGGUUUACUCCCAGCAAUACCACAGUUCUAGGCAUAUAUGCCCAGCGUAACACUAACAUGGGGUUCGAUUUAUCGGAAAGGGAGAUAUCAAUCGAUCAAGCUGGUUGCCGUUCGUAA